AUAUUCAUGAAGAAAUGUUAAAAGAUCGAAUUCAGACAGAGAGUUAUCGUGAUUUUAUCUACGAAAAUAAAGAUCUUUUCAAGGACAAGGUUGUGUUAGAUGUCGGAUGUGGCACUGGCAUUCUGCCAAUGUUUGCCGCCAAAGCUGGUGCAUCUAAAGCAAAAGAUAUUGUAAAAGAAAAUAAAUUAGAUGAUGUGAUCACCCUAUUCGAUGGCAAAAUCGAAGAUGUACAAAAAGUUGACAUAAUAAUAUCUGAAUGGAUGGGCUAUUUUCUUUUUUUUGAAGGUAUGCUUGAUUCUUUGAUUGUUGCGCGUGACCGGUUACUUGCUCCAGACGGAAUUAUUGCGCCUAGCCAUUGUCGUAUUUUGUUUGCGGCUAUUGAGGAUGAAGAGAUUUUUAACGAUACUUUAAAUUUUUGGAAUGAUGUCUAUGGGUUCAAAAUGACGGCAAUGAAACGUCCAAUUCAUGCGA